UUUGGGAGGUUUGGUGGUUGGAGCACAGACAGGGGGCGAAGUUGUUGGUCGUCUAACUGGCGGACGAAGAAGUUUCUCUCUCAAAACUUGGCGUAGUUCAAACAAAACCAGUAUGACUUCGACGAACAUGUUCCAGGGAUUGGAUACCGGUGGAAAACCAAGUUCAAGGGUGCUGCGGCCUCCUGGUGGGGGCUCUAGUAACCUUUUUGGUGGCUAUGAAGAGGAUAAUGCUCAGUCAGGGCGACCUAAUAAGAUGGCCUCUAAAGUUUUUGCCCCACCUGAAGAGCCCCAGAAUGUAUCUAGACGCUCCAAUCCUCCAGGUGGGAAGAGUAGUGGGAUAUUUGGAGAACCCGAAGCACCAGCUCAGCCACAGAGGCCCGCACCUCCCUAUGGAGCAACCAGCAACAUAUUUGGGUCUGCAGAAAGCACACCUGUACAAAGCUCAAGCCGAAGCCACCCAAACAAGCCAAAGGACAAUCUAAGUGUGGGACCUGAGCCUGAGUCACCAGCACCUGAAGCCAAAGUCAGCCAGCCAGAAGUGAAAGAGGAGAUUGCCUCCCCGGCUCCUGCUCCAGCCAAGGAAGAGCCUCCAGUCAUCUCAGCCAGUCCAGAGCCUAAGCCUGCUGCACCACUUCCUGACGAGACAUCGCUCAAAAAGCAUGAGCCUCACCUGGGACCUAAGCCUCGCUCUCACAACAGGGUCCUCAACCCACCUGGAGGAAAGUCCAGUGUGGUUUUCUACUGAUGGUCUGAGCGCACCACUUCUCUCAGUGUUUGCUUUCUUUGCUUAUCUCAUUCCUGUUCUCCUCUCCCGAUGGUUAUUUCAUCAUUACCUGUACAAUGCAAGGCAUGCCUGAGGAUUUUCUUUCUGUUGCUGGUGGUGUGCUCCACAUCCAAUUUAGAAUUUGUGAUUUCAACUUCUUUCAACUUCUUUGCACUUUUCACACUGAGUCCUGUAUUUUUUUUUUUUUUUUUUUUGGUUCAUCAAUCUGCCUCAAACUGAAUCUGAAUCCUGCUAUGAUACAAUCACUCACAGUCAGCUUGCUAGGUAUUUCACUAUGACUGUAUGAUGAUCAAACUUAGCUGUGCGGUUACUUGUUGGUUUUCAUUUUGUUAACUGGAUAAAGGCUAGAUCUCCAAAAUUAGAUUUAAAGGCCUAAAAUUGAUGUGUGAAUCUGUUCAUCAGUUGUAUGUUGUAAAAAAAAAAAUCAACUUUCUCUUGAUAUCUUUGACCUCUUUAUCCUUACGGUUUCAGCGUUCAACCUGCAUGACUGUUUAAUUAGAUGCCUUAUAAAAAAAUUUCUUUGCCUUAAUAUUUCUUUAACAAGUAGGCAAAAAAGAUUAAAGCUGAAGCACAAUCUGUGUAAGAAUGGAUGGAGCUAAUAUGAACGCUCCCACUGAUUUCCAAAUGUUUCUCUUUGCAGUAAUUCCAUUUUGAUUGUUUGUGAAUGUAUUGUUGCAGGUACUUCUCUGCUCUGUCCUCGUUGCUUGCAUUAUCAGAGAACAUACUUUUCUUUUGCUUUGGGGUCAGCCUCUUUUUAUGUUUUAAAUUAAAACGGCUGAAGACGUGUAAACUGGUGGGCUCCUCUACAAUCGCCUUUUUCAUCCUGUCAUUAAACCAGACGAGUUAUUCUGAUGCCACUUUGUCCCCUCUCUGUCAAUGUGCCUGGCACUAAAUGAGUGCAGCAGAAGAAAGGAAUCCUGUGUUGAAAUAAAACCUGAUUUUGCAUUGA